AUGAUGGCGGACUUUCCAUCAAAAGUUACCACGGAGACCGGGUCCCCCAGUUCCCAGAGUACUCAACAAGGGGGCAACAGCCUCAGGGGGCUGGCAGCUAAUGUGACUAACAACAUGGAUAUGUCUUUUAUCAGGAGCAUCCCAUCUGUCCUCAUGAUGGCUCAAAUAUUCUUGGGGCUACUCCACUGGGCGCUGAUCGCGAGCUCGCCUUACAUGUUUGCACCGGCCAACGGCUGGGUGUUGUUUGUCGCCGUCACUUUCUGGCUCCUCACCAGCAUCCUCUUCUUGUCCAUUGUCUUCGGGCUGCAGAGGAGACUCUCCGCCGUGCCCUGGCCAAUCACGGUGAUGGUUUACCACGGAGUGGCCACCAUCCUCUACUUGACCGCCUUUCUGGCCAACGCUGCAUCUGUUCAGCCCUUUUACCACACCUACUUCUUUGGACAUAUGGCAGCUGCUGCUUUUUUUAGCGCUGUGGUGACAGCAGCGUAUGGCGUCAGUGCCUUCUUCUCCUAUUUGGACUGGAAAGGGGAUGGCGGAAAUGCUGCCACCAGCACUGUGCCUACCUAA